ACCGCGUCUUGUCGCUGACGGCGGGCAGAGUGACUGAGUCGUAUACAACCACCAUGGGCUCCACAUUUGAGCUGCAAGAUGAGCUCCAGGCGUUUCAAGACCCGUCAUCAUACGAGAUUCCAAACGAACACGAUCUUCACGACAACGAUGCUGCUGAACUGCUUCAACGUGCUGUUGGCAGCAUCGCACACUCUUCUGAUGAGAUUAACGAUCCUGAGAUAUUUGAUAUCUUUCGAAGCUUGCUGAAACAUGCCGAUGCGGUGCCUGGGCCGUGCAUGAGCAAACUGCUGGACUCCAUUGCAUCAGGCUUCAGCACCGAGACUAGACGCGGCAUUCCCAAGCGGUCACUGGCACACAAGACUCCGCUCGAGAUGUACGCGUUUCUCCUCAACUGGUUCGCGGCUGCAGCAGACAAGGUGAAGUCGCCUGGAGAAGGCGAACUCACGCCACAGCCCAAGGCUCGUCGCGGAAGGGGAGGUAGAGCAGGUGGAUCUCGUGCACUUGCCAAGAAAGUGGAGGAGUGGACAUGGGCAAUGAAACUCAAGACGCAUCGCAUAUGGGUGACGACUCCAGAACGAGAUGCGUUUAUCACAUGCUUGACCCGUCCCGCAUAUCAUAUUGCUGAGAACGAACAAUACAUGAAAGUGAACAACGUCAAGGUCAAUGUGUACAAGGUUAUAUGUGUUGCUGUCAAGCACCACGGACACGCCCUUGCAGCUCAGAUCAAUAUCAUGCAAGCAUUACAAUACCAUGAACACCUUUCGGAACCUAUGGCUGAGUGCCUUUCUCACCUUGCAAAGCAUUUCGACCACGCUCAGCUCGGAGAGGAGAUCUUGCGCGAAAUUGCAGGAAAGACUUUUAACUGCCCAGGACACGAAAGGUCCCCGAGCUUCUGUGAAGAGUCACCUAGAUCAGUGCUCAAGCAGAUCAGCGUCCUACUCGGACACUUGGAUUCAGAGUCGUAUCCAAUGCGCAUGGCAAUGGUGGAACUAUCGAGUGCCGAAGAUAACAAUGAUACAACGCAGACCCACAAACAAAUUGUCGGAUUUUUUGAACUCCUUCUAUCCCGAACCCUCGACCUGUCCUCUUAUGUGCGCUCCAAGGUUCUUGCCACGCUAUCAAGGCUUUGCGACCUGCGUGUCCCGUUCCCUAAACAACGUUUGGAAAUAACGAAACACGCAGUUGCGAUGUUGGAGGACAAAGCCUCCACAGUUCGCAAAGCUGCGGUUGCUCUGCUUACGAAACUUAUAAUGACGCAUCCUUGGGGGCUCAUGCACGGUGGGCCUCUGAACCUGGAAAAGUGGGAGGGGUAUUACAAGGAGGUGAAAGAGAAGCUGGACAAGUUGGAAGAAGCGGUGGGUAAGGCCGUGGAGCGGGGAGAUGAAGACGGGGAUGACAUAAAAGGUGGAAAAGAAGACGAUGACGAUGAGGAAAGCGAAGAAGAAACCGGCGACGGAGACGAGGAAGCUGAAAGGGGUAAAAGCAGGAACGCAAUAAAUGACGAUGAAAUGGACGUGGACAGUGAAUUGCACAACGCAGAGGACGCGAAUAUGGGUGACGAGGGAGACAGCAAAAGACCCAAAAAGGGAAAGGGCAAAAAGGCGAAAAAGUCACGGAAAUCUGUGGUAGACGAGGUCGUCAUUGCAUCGGAGCAGGAAGCCCUCGCGGCAUUGGAGUCCAAUGAAGCGCUCUAUCUCAGACUGCGCAAGAAAUACUACACUGAAGCACUCGUAUUCAUCCGGAUGAUCGAGGGGUCUAUGGAAGUAAUCACUCAGUUACUCGCCAGUACUAACAAAGCAGAAGUGCUCGAGGCCAUGGAGUUCUUCAGAGUAGCCCAUGUGUAUGAGUUUGACGGGGCUGGGGUUGGUAUCAAGCGCAUGCUGCACCUUAUCUGGAUGGCAAAGAAGCUCAAGGGUGUCCGUUCGCGCCUUCUGGAGUGCUACCGGAAUUUGUACUUCGAUCCUCUCCCAGACAUGGAACCAAAACAGCAAGUAAACAGAAUUGCGAAAAACAUGAUCGAGUUGACCUAUGAUGCCUCGCUAGCCGAGCUAACCAGUCUAGAAGAGAUGAUGAAGACUAUGAUGGAAGAAGACCAGGUCCACCAUGAUAUUAUUAACAAGCUCUGGCAGGUUUACAGUUCGACGAAAUCUCUACCGGCUUAUCAGCGCCGAGGCGCCGUUAUCAUCCUAGGGAUGCUAGCGUUGGCGAAGCGUAGCAUCGUGGAAGAAAAGGUUGAUAUUUUGCUGAAAAUUGGACUAGGCAAACUUGGCAAAAGUGAUCUUAUGCUGGCGCGAUAUACUUGUGUUGUCCUGCAACGUCUCAAUGGCAGUGCGAAGAAAGUGAAAGGUGUGUUCGAGUGGGAUCUCUCCUGCAACAAAACUCUUCGUCUGGAGAUGAAUAAUGCAAUCUUCCGGAAGCUUCAAGAAGCCAUCGAGCAUCCUUGUCGGUCCAAAGAUUGGUUUGGAAUGGCCGAACAAGUGAUAAACACCAUAUAUGCCCUUGGGGAGCAACCAGGUGAACUAUGUGGCAGGAUUAUUAAGAACCUUGCGCAGCGUGCAUUUGCUCGCAGACCACAAGCUCAAGAAGAGUCUACAUCUGUCCCAGCGGAUCCGGAUGCGAUGGACCAGGAUACUGAGACAGGAAGUGUUUCAUAUGCUCCUGCAUCUCAAAGUUCUUCCGCCACGCAAAGUGCAAGACAGCGGAGCGGAGAUCAAGCUGAGAAGGACUUGGGGGAUGCUUUCCAGCUCAGUCAACUUUUAUUCGUAGUUGGCCAUGUCGCAAUUAAACACAUUGUCUUUCUCGAACUCGUUGAGCGGGAGUGGAAACGCCAGAAGGACGAGAAGGACCUGGCGGAGAAACUUGCUGCAGGUGUUAAUUCGCCAAACAAGGCAUCAAAAGAGACUGAGGAACUAGAUCAAGUAGCCGGAAAUGUAGAAGAUGAGAUUGGUGAUCGGAUAGCUGCAGUACGAGAAACCGAACUCCUGUAUGGACCUCAGUCGUUGCUAGCUGUCUUCGGACCGAUGCUUGUUCACGUCUGCGGCAGCCCUCACAAAUUCAAGAAUCGAACGCUCCGCGCUGCUGCGACGCUGUCGUUCGCUAAAUUCCUCUGCGUCAGUUCACAAUUCUGCGACCGCCAUCAUCAUCUCCUGUUCAAGAUUCUCGAGACUUCAAAGGACCCUGACAUAAGGGGCAACAUCGUGAUCGCGCUGGGUGAUGUAGCCGUGUCGUUCAGCAAUAUCAUUGACGAAAACAGCAACGAGUUGUACAAGGGUCUUUCGGACGAUGACUUGGUUGUUAAGAAGAACACACUGAUGGUGCUCACUCACUUGAUUCUGAACGGCAUGAUCAAGGUCAAGGGACAACUCGGCGAGAUGGCUAAAUGCUUGGAAGAUGAAGACCCACGGAUUUCUGAUCUGGCGAAACUUUUCUUCACGGAGUUGUCGACUAAAGACAAUGCUAUCUAUAACAACUUGCCCGACGUCAUAAGCCAUCUUUCAACAGGUGAACACGGUGUAAGCGAAGACAUAUUCCAGAACACUAUGCGGUACAUUUUCACCUUCGUCGAAAAGGAAAAACAAGCAGAAAAUAUCGUUGAGAAACUCUGCCAACGCUUCCGCUUCUCGGAAGACCCUAGGCAAUGGCGAGACAUCGCAUUCUGCCUGUCUCUGCUUCCGUUCAAGUCCGAGAAAUCUGUUAAGAAGCUUAUAGAAGGGCUUCAGUUUUAUCAGGACAAAUUGCACGAGCAGAAAGUCUAUGACCGUUUUGCGGAGAUCCUCACAAAGGCCACCAACAAGCCAGAUACAGAGCUCGAUGAAUUCGAAUCAAUUCUUAACGAGCACAAACGACAAGGCGAAGAAGAUCUCGCUUUUGAGAAGCGCGUGCAAGGCAAGAAAGCCGCUGCUAAGAAGAAAGCUACUCGACGCUCCACACGCAAGAAAACUCAAGAAGCUGAACCUGAAACCCGCCGGGCUCAAGCUGAUGAUAACGAUAAUAUGUAUGUUUAAGGCAUUGCUUUCUCAUGUAAAUGUACCAGCACAUGUUAUAAUCUAAUAG